GUCAUAUGUAAAAACAUUUGCUCAUCUGUAUUGUACUUACUGUUUUUCCGCAGUGUUUUUGUCUAGUUAGAGAGGAAAAUCUUACAAACUACUAGAAAUAUGCUCAGAUGCCUUCGUUGGAGUUGAAUGAAUAACAUUGGAUGGUCCAAAGCUAAAAUCACAGAGCUAAAGGCUCUGCUGGUGGAACUUUAACUAUAGAGAGGUAGUGAGAGAGCUCUGGUGCACCAUUAUCAAAUUGUCAGCCAUGCAUCUGCCAGAUGAAUGCUAUCUUAUAUUUAGAGCAUGACUCACCUGCCCUUAUUUGUAAGAAUCUGUUAGAGGGCCCGCCCACCAAUUUGAUGUCCACAUAUUCCAGCAGCCAGACAGAUGCCUUCGCUGUUCCCGUCCCUCCUCUAACCAGGGAAAAUCGGGAUCCACGAAAAUCACAGGUGUACAAGCAACGCGAGCCACUUGUCUUCUUCAUCAUGCGACUGAACCUGAAAGCCGUUCUGCUCAUUCUCACAGUGGCAGUGGUGGUUAUCACCCUAGGCGUCUACAUGCGCUGCGCUGCUUUCUCCUUCUCGCCAGACUUUGUGCGCCCAGUUGACCGGACGUCGAGACAAUCCUCUGGCGGAGGAGAGGUCACCGCGCUGCAGGAUAUCGAAUGCUCAAUUAAUCAGGAGUACAGUGUACACUGCAAGCGGGACGAAAACGCAAACGAGGUGUACGUUCCGUUCUCAUUCCUGCGGAAUUACUUCGACAUCAGCGGAGCAGUUUCCACCAGUGGCAGCGAGGUGGCCAAGUUCAACUGGGUGCACAGCACGGCCAAGGUAAACCUGCCAAGAGGCAAAUACGAUGCGCGUGGCGUCUUCAUGUACUUCGAGAACUACAAUGUGGAGGUACGCGACCGGGUAAAGUGCAUUAGCGCCGCUGAAGGUGUGCCGGUGAGUACGCAGUGGGAGAAGCGCGGCUACUUCUAUCCCACACAGAUUGCCCAGUUCGCGUUAUCACACUACAGUAAGAACCUAACGGAGCCGGCUCCCAGAGUUCGAGUCCUGGAGGAUGGUGAUGGAAACCAAAUGGAAUGGAGCACUCCCAAGACUAGCAACAUGUCCCGCAUCUGGCACCACAAGUUCAACACCAGCGUAGUCCAGUUUGAGACGGCGCCUGGCUAUGAAGGUGCUAUUAACAUUGCCCUCAAUCAGACGUUGGACCUGCUUCUCAGUGUUGACCUCUUACUUGUCACGAACACUAGUAGCCUCAUGGUCACCGUCCAGAACCGGGACACCCGGCACAGCUACAACCUUCACUACAUACCCGCCGACUUGCUUCUGAGCGUGCAGGACUCGAACAUAUACUACGGGCUGGGCGGAUCGGCGCUGAAUAAAUGGCGCCACAUUACCCGAGACUUGCACAUCGAUGUCCAAAAAGGAAUAGUCCUCGGAGACAAACGCUCACCGCUAAAGGUUCGACGCUCCGACCUGGAAGUCCUAUCGAUUGGCUUUCUGGGCCUUGGAUUUUACGACAACAUCACUUUGUCCACCAGUGACCAUCUGGCCCACUUUUACGACGCGGCAGAGUGGUUUGUUCAUAAUCAGGACCCUAAGACAGGUGGCUGGACAAAUCCUGUGCGUCGCAGCCUCAACGGCUUUGCCGAGCUACGACCGGGUUGGAUAUCGGCCAUGGGUCAAGGGCAUGCUAUCUCGGUGUUGGCCAGAGCAUACUGGCACUCUGGUGGCGAUGAACGCUACCUUCGGGCGGCUGCAGCCGGACUGCAGCCCUACAGGGUAUAUUCCAGGGACGGUGGAGUCCUGGCGCAAUUCAUGGACAAAUUUUACUGGUACGAGGAGUAUCCCACUACGCCGCCGUCUUAUGUGCUGAACGGGUUUAUCUAUUCUCUACUGGGACUCUAUGAUCUAAAUAGCACUGCGCCCGUAAAAAUCGCACGUGAGGCUGGGAAGCUUUUCGCGCAGGGCAUGUUUUCACUAAAGAAGAUGUUGCUGCUGUACGACACUGGCUCUGGAACUAGUUACGACCUUCGCCAUCUAAGCCUAGGCGUUGCUCCCAACCUAGCGCGCUGGGAUUACCAUGCGACGCACGUAAACCAGCUGCUCCUGCUGGCCACUAUCGACAGUGAUCCAUUGAUCGCACAGACCGCAGAGCGCUGGAAGGGCUACAUGUUUGGCCGGCGGGCUAAGCACAACUGAGAGCUAAGGAAACUGGCGGCAUAUCGCCGUCGAAAAAGUGAUAUUUUGUAGGGCUUACGUAUUGUGCUCAACCAUUCUAAAUGGUUGCACCUCGUCCCAUGCCCUUUCCACACCCUCACCCUCCUAACCCGGAAAUAAGUUAUUUUUUCUAUUGUGUUAUUUCCGCCUUAGUCUUUGUGCUAAAGUCCUAAUUUGGCUCGUCUAGCUAGACGCUUAGUGUUAAGCUAUUGUACCUCUACCUUCGAUUGCAUUAUCAGAUGUUGGCCUCGUUUUUACAAAUUUGUUGAUCCCCUAUUGAUAGCUUAAUUGUUUGGCGGAUUUUAGAUGCACGCGCACUCACUGGACAAUAUCUAGAAUUGAACAUUUAACACUUACUGUUUUAGUCAGACUUUUUUACUGUGCAAACUAAGUAGAGUUCGUUACUACACUUUCCUGUAUAAAGUAAUUUAGAGAGAUUAGCAUAAUAGUUGUAGAUUGUAGGUAGUAUCUGUUAGAUACAAAUGUAGACUCUUGUAUUUUGCCUCCCUUAUAGAGGUGAUAGUAGUGCUCCCACUCAAAUACUAACUGUCCCGAAUAACGAUGCACGAUGAUAACGACUUCUAUGUGGUAAGCCUGUAAUUUAAUUAAUUGUAGAAUAUGCCACUUGAGAAUAGUAUGUAUUUCUCGCCACUUAAACGAUGCCAUUCCAAACGUAAUUUUAUUUUAACUCCUAAGUUUUCGUUAUCGCUGAUAAGCUGUCAAUUAAGCAAGGAAUACAUGUACCAUUUUGAAUAUAACCACGGAUCCGUUUUAUAUGGCCCACUACUAAUCCCAAAACGAGACUGUUAACGAAAAUUAUUGAUUUUGAGUAUUAUGUUAAGUGAACCAAAUUAAAGUACUUAAUUUAUGUUCUUUGUA